UUCAAGAUGGAUCCUUACGAGAGAGGAGAUGCAUCUAAUAUGUCCAUGAGAGAGAAGUCAACACUGAAGAGGAGAAUUAACCGGGAACACAACAGUAACUUUAGGGCUGGCUACAUCAACAUCAAUGAGCCCUAUCUCCACAAGACUGGCAUCCGUGGCAGGAAGAGAUACUUCCUAUAUUGUGUCAUGACUUUCCUCAUUCUUCUAGCAUGUGCAAAUGCAUUGUUAACAGCUGGUAUAAUGUACGCUCUGAAGUUUUCUUACUUCGGCGUCCAGUCACUGGAGUUUAUUCCUGAGUCCCGACUGCUGCGCUUUCUGUCUGAUACAACAUUAUCCACUGUUCAGAUCUUUGAUGGAUUCCUUGGAGGCCGGAGAAACUCUUCACUUGUCAUCCAAAAUCACAACGGCCCAGUUGUUUUCACGGCCGAUACAGAUCAAGGACUUCACAGUAAGGCUUUGAAAGUUGAAUUACAGCCAGGUAGUGCAGAGGUGACAUCUGUGGAGAACUUUAAGGUGGGGAGCCUCGACACAGGAAAGAUGCUCCUGUCAACAGGACUGCAAGCUGUACAAGAGUGGACAUCCGUCGCCAGCCCAGGCGUCAACAUACAUGCCCCUGUAGUGGAAGUGCCUGUGCUGGAAAGUGUGCCUGGAGUAGACGGCCUGAAUAUAGAGUCAUACAAAAAUACAGAGAUUAAAGGCAUGGAGGGUCUGGAGUUGUCUUCCCUUGGCAAGGUGUAUGUCAUCACGAACAACAUCACGCUACACUCCACGGAUGGUAGCAUUAUCAUGGACGCCGAUAAAGGAGUGUACCUCGACAGCAACUUACCCAGAGCAAUUGUCCCUUCCUCCUCCUCAACAACUAAUGCCUACAAAGUGUGUGUGUGCGCGUCCAGUGGCCGGGUGUUUGCUGUCCAAGUCACAGGACCUGGAGUGGGCUGUGGGGACGCUGACCCAGAUAAUGACCCUUGUGCUUGAUUGUCACCCUGAUCAUGUAUAAAUGCCUAGUGCUGAUUUGUUUUUUUGUUAAAAUCAAUUUUGCCAAAAAGUUUUAUUUAUUUGGAAGUUCUUGUCAACAUUGUUAUGUCAGGAUGAUAGUGGUUCAGUCCUAUCAUUGUAAAUUAUUUGAAUGCAUAUUUUAUUAUACGGUAUGUCUACAUUUAUAUACUAUAUUUAUUUUAUGAUGCAUUUUUUAAAUCUUGAUAUUAUUAAUUUGUGCUAAAAAGGGGAAAAAGAGAACUGAUUAAUUUCAUAAUUAAAAUAUCUAAUCAAGGUUUAGCAUUAUUAUUCCCAUACAGAAUAUAUCUAGAGUAGUGUAAAGUUACCAGUGUCUGUACUGUACACAUGUUAAUAACUAACUCCUUGGGAUAUCAGAAAUUAGUUACAGCAAACCAUGUUUAUAAUAAACCUCAAGUGUCAUCAGAAAUUGGUUCCGUACCGUAAAAUAUGGCUAUAUAAAUGAUAUAUGAACGUAGAAUUUACUUACUGAUCAUUACGACCGCAAAACGAAAAUCUUCUCCAUUUUUUCCAUGUUUCUACAUCGAUCUAUGUCUGAUGAAUAUAAGGCAUCUCACUUUCGGUUCAGACAAAAUAAAAACAAUGGAAAACAGCUUGAUCGUUUAUUAUAAUAUAUCGUUUAUUAUAAUAUUUUUCUCUGACAAAUAAAAUAUCAUGAUAGCAGGUUUCACUGUAUAACGAACCCCUUUGGACAUUAAAAGUAGUAAAACACGGUAAUAAAAUUUAGAAAAUAACAUGGGGGACUUAAGAUUUUUUUUUUUUUACAGUUAACAUGUUGAUAAUGUAAUUUGCUACAGAGCUAGAUGUUUAUGUGACAUCACUUGGACAGGGAACACAGAUGUCUUCACUGUAAAUAAGAAGUUGCAAUAAGUGUUUGUACUAACCAUGUUUUACAGUAUCCAUUAAACAAGAAAAAGUUUUAAAGAAAUUCUUCACUCUUCCACACUCCAUUCCUCUGAUAAGUUCACAAUCUCUAAAAGUAUAUUAUUUUUUGCAAUAUCACAAUGAAUGAAAACAGAUUUAUGUAUGGAACUUUGUAUUAUUGUUUAUGUAUAGCAUUGGUUAAUACUCAUUCCGUCCCCCUAGUUUAUACUGUGUACUCCCCCUAGUUUACAUUCUGUGUACGUUUGUUUGUUUACUUUCAGUUAUAGAUGUACAUGUACCGACAUUAUUCCUAGUUUGGUUGUGUGGGAUGAUCAGCUUGUGAUCAUGUGUCACUGAUAUUGAUAUUAUUUGGGGGAGAACUUCGUUGUGUUUCUUUAUGGCGGUAUGGUUGUUGGCUUUUGUUUGGCUUUGGCUAGAUCUUCGUCAAAUAAAGCCCAAGUGUGUCGGCAUUUGUCUCAAUCUAUUGUAGUACAGUAUUAGAAAAUGGUUUAACUUAAAAUUAUCUUAUAAUCUAUAUAGCUUAAGUGAAUUUCCUAAAAUUGAUUUUCUUUCGAUAUUUAAAGAAUUGAUUUCCAAAUAUCAAAAUCCUGUUUUUGAAAACUUAGAUUAUUGACAUUUCCCUAGUGAAAAGUGUAUGUAUAAUGUUUACACCUAUAGUGUAUAUAACAAAAGUUUUAUCGUGAUAUUGCAUGUGUUUAGUCUGUGUUCAAAUAUAUUAUACAUGAAUAUAUUGUAUGUAUUGAUCUGCAUUUUUGCCAUUGAUAUUUUCAGCUUUAAUAAAUAUAUAAGACAGUUAUAUACUUUUAUGAAGCUGACUUAAUGUUUUAAAACUAAUUAAAAGCAAUAGAUUUCAGAAUGUAUCAUAUUUAUUUUAAUGGGAACAUUUUAGAUUAACUUUAUAAAUCGACUAGUAACCAUGUAUUCGUUAUAAUUGGUAUUUAAAUGAUGUCAAAAUGAUGUCACUUUUGGAAAUACAUAUAUUAGAAAUUUUUACAUCGUAAAAACUGUCUUCCAGCCAGUAAUGUCAUCAACAUUAAAUUUCUCUCUUGGUGGUCAUAGAUCUUUUUAUACAUAUGUACAAUGUAUUAUCCUUUUAGUUGCAAAAUGUCAUCAGACAUCAGAUUUGUGGACCUAUGCAAUUUAUUUUACAAUGUUUCAAAAAGCCAAAAUUUUUCAGGCACGUUUAGUUUUUAUGUACUUCUUUCAUGUCCAUCUUUUUCAAAAACAAAAUAUAAAGAGAAAGUUUAAAUGUGCCAUUAGUUAAGUUGAAUUCAAUGUACAUUGUAACACUUAAAUUUUACCCAGAUUUUAUUUUCACUAUAUGCAUGCCAUGGAAAAAAUGUAAAAAAAAUAAUACAUGUGUAAUCUAAUUGAAUUUGUUGCCCUUUUGGUAACAAAAAAUGUUUAUGGAUAUUAAUGGUGUCUUAAAAUAUUAAUGGUGUCAUAGGAUAUUAAUGGUGUCGUAUAAGUUUUCAAGCUAGCAAACAAAACUCAGCAAUUUUGAGCAUUGACAUAGUGUUAUAAAUAUGGUAUAUGUAUUUAUUUGUUUGUCUGGUGAAUUGCUAUAUUUAUAAGAGGAAUGUGAUUUGCCUGGAUAGACAGGGAAAAACAAGAAAAAGUAAAUGUAUCUACUUUUGUAUACGGGAAUAUUUACCAUGGAUACGUGAAGAUUAAUAUUGCAAUGUUGAAAAAGUAGUACAUCAGGAGCCUUGUUUUUUUCCUUGACCUUCACGAGGAACUUUGUCAUUAUGAUCAUUGUCUUGAUAUUAUUUUGUUUUUAUUCAUAGUUUAUUUACCAUCAAAUCCAGGUCCUAAAUGAGCAUUAUCUGACCAUUGGUUGCCUACGGCUUCCAAUAUAUAACAAAGGAAGUCGGACAUUAAAGAGACAACUUUAUACAAUA